UACAGUAUUUAAAGUCUUAAAAAUAACUACCCACUAACAUCAUGACCCUAAACUUUCUCCACUAACAUCAUGACCCUAAACUUUCUCCACUAAUCAACAUGGCCCUAGACUUUCUCCAUGAUUACAAAUCAUGAAUGACUAAUUCCUAAGAAAUAGGAACAAACUUGGACUAAAUUAACUUAACAAAGAUAAACACACAUGAGCAUGUUUCAAUCCUAAAGCACUUUCUUAACAGGAAGUAAAGGGUUUUUGUUGGCCAUUUGGUUCGACAAAAUUGAUGAAAAAACUGUGGUUUGGUCAGCUAAUCGUGAUAUGUUCCUAAAGGGUCCACAGUUCGAUUUACUAAUGGUGGCCAACUUGUGCUCAAUGAUCCUGGAGGCAAUCACAUAUGGACGGCAACUGCAAAUUCCACUGGAAAUACAAGUAGAUCCGUUUCUUAUGCUGCGAUGCUUGAUAGUGGAAACUUUGUGUUGGCUGCGACUGAUUCUGAAAUUUUGUGGCAAAGCUUUGAUGUGCCUACUGAUACAAUUUUACCAUCACAAACUUUGAACAUUGGUGGAGCUCUUGUUGCUCGUUAUUCAGAAACCAAUUAUAAGAGUGGAAGGUUUCAACUUUUGAUGCAAACAGAUGGGGAUCUUGUGCUUUCACCUAAUGCAUUCCCUUUUGAAACAACAAACAUAGCUUACUGGGCAAGUAACACUACGGGCUCUGGCUUCCAGCUUGUGUUCAACCUUACUGGUUCCAUUUAUGUGAUUUCAAAGAAUAAUACCAUUCUCACAACUGUGGUACCCAAUACCCUUUCACCACAAAAUUAUUACCUCCGGGCGAUUCUUGAGCACGAUGCUAUCUUUAGAUUGUAUGUUUAUCCGAAAGCGACAAGUAAUUCAUCAAUGCCUAAAGCUUGGACUCAAGUAUCAGACCCAGUAAACAUCUGUAUUAUGGUCAGUGAUGGUACAGGAAGUGGAGUUUGUGGAUUUAAUAGCUAUUGUAAGCUUGGUGAUGAUCGAAGGCCAUUUUGCUCUUGUCCACAAGGCUACGUCUUAAUUGAUCCAAAUGAUGAGAUCAAGGGUUGUAAACCCAACUUUGUUGCUCAGAGUUGCGAUCAAUACUUUCUUGAAACUGAUGACUUCGAAUUUUUUGCUAUGGAAAAUACGAAUUGGCCUCAAGGUGAUUACGCCAAUUUCAACCCAGUAAGUGAGGAAUGGUGUAGAAACGAAUGUUUGAAUGAUUGUGUCUGUGUGCUUGCCGCUUUCAGAAAUGGUGAGUGUUGGAAGAAGAGAUAUCCUUUUGCUUUUGGGCUUAUAGAUCCUGAGGUUGCUGGCAUAAAAUCUCUUCUCAAAGUCAGGAAACUAAACUCUACUUCCAAACUUAGUGAUAUAGUAAAGAAUCAAAUGAACAAAACUACAAUCAUUAUAUCAGUUCUAUUAGGGAGCUCUUUUUUUCUGAACUUCCUCUUAUUCCUUCUCACAUUAUCCAUUUGUUACCAUUUCAGGAAAAGGAAAUCAGAUGUGGUUGAAAAAGACCCUUUCAUUUUAGGUGUGAAUCUCAGGAUCUUUAGCUAUGAAGAGCUCAACAAUGCCACAGGUGGAUUCAUACAACACUUGGGGCGUGGCUCUUUUACUACUGUUUAUAAAGGGAUUAUUGACUCUGACAACAACAAUUACUUGGUAGCUAUUAAAAAGUUCGAUAAUAUGGUUCCAGAUGGAGAACAAGAAUUUAACGCUAAAGUGGGUGCUAUUGCUCGAACAAACCACAAGAACUUAGUUCGAUUGCUUGGCUUUUGCAAUGAAGGAGAACACAGAAUGUUGGUGUAUGAGUUCAUGCAUAAUGGGUCUCUUGCAGAUUUCCUUUUUGGGACUUCGAAACCAAAUUGGCAUAGCAGAAUUCAAAUUAUUUUAGAGACAGCCAGAGGACUAUGUUAUCUACACGAAGGGUGUAGUUCUCGAACCAUUCAUUGCGAUAUUAAGCCUCAAAACAUCCUUCUGGACGAGUCGUUUACCGCACGGAUUGCAGACUUUGGCUUGGCCAAACUUGUGAAAAAAGAUCAAGCUCGAACCACCCCGAUGACAACGACAAUUAGAGAAAGCGAAGGAUAUUUAGCUCCAGAGUGGUUCAGAGGCCUCCCCAUCACAGAAAAGGUGGAUGUUUAUAGUUUUGGGAUAUUGUUGUUGGAGAUAAUAUGUUGUAAAAGGAGUUUGGAGGAGAAAGCAGAGGAUGAAAAACAAAAGGUGUUGACAGAUUGGGCUUAUGAGUGUUUCAAAGAGAUGAAAGUGGAGAUGUUGGUAGAAAAGGAUGAAGAAGCAAAGAUGGAGUUGGAAAGGGUGAAGAAGUUUGUGAUGAUAGCAAUAUGGUGCAUUCAAGAGGAACCAUCUCUAAGGCCAACCAUGAAGAAAGUUUUACAGAUGAUGGAAGAGAUGAAAGUGGAGAUGUUGGUAGAAAACGAUGAGGAGGCAAGGAUGGACUUGAAGAGGGUGAAGAAGUUUGUGAUGAUAGCAAUUUGGUGCAUUCAAAAGGAACCAUCCCUAAGGCUUACCAUGAAAAAAGUUCUACAAAUGCUGGAGGGGGCUAUUGAAGUCUCUUUUCCCUCUGAUCCAUCCUCCUUUAUGAGUUCUAGUACAACUAUCUAAUACAUUUUUUUUUGUAAUGUCGAUGCUAUAUAUUAUUCUAAAGAAUAAACUGAUCAUGAAGAACUAUGUCUGUUUAGCUGCCAUACAUGUUUAGAUUCUUUAUGAGAAAUGAGAAAUGUUUAUAUAUAUGUAAUUUGCCCUUCAUA